UGAAGCCAGAAUGAUGCUGAAAGAAAUGUCUGGUAAAACAAUCUGGCCAAGAAGUAUGAUUCCUUGAAGGCAUCAUUUGGAAAGUUGAUGGGACAGGAACAAGGACUCUAAAGAACUGAAAAGAAUGCUGAAGUCUGUUAAAUCAGGAUAAUCAAGCUGGAAGUGCGUUUAACCCGAAGAUGCAUGAUCAAUUUUCUGGCUUCCGAUCCUUUUCAAACUCUGGAGAUCUACUUCACCGCCAAGUCUUAAUGCAGGUAGCUUGGCAUUGCUUUGUUUUAGUAAAAAAAAUACAAGGACUGUAAUUCAGAUAAAAAUAAUACCCUAUUGGUGAAUUGGACUGGGAGUGGUAGGUCAUACAACCCCGGGAAUUCAUGAUAGCGUCCAAUCAAUUAUGAUUCCAUGGCAUUAAUUUACCUAGAGAUCAUUACUGUAUUUGCAACGCUGAAUGAAUUCUGGUAUUUCCUCCAUAGAAACUUAAAAUAUUUUUCCUCGGACGUGUCUCUUCGGCCUGAGAGGAGCUCCCCGGUAAUAUGUAGAUUUAGAACCAUCGCCGAUCUGCCCUUGGAAGCCAUUAAGUCCUGAACCGGAUAAAAACAUCCCUGCCGCCAUGGCCCCAUCGUCCGAAGCGGCAUUCGCUAAAGAAGUCCUCCGGCUGCACAACGAUUACAGGGCGAAGCAUGGCUCUCCCCCGUUGUCUCUUGCGAAGGAGUUGAGCCUUUACAGUCUGGCAUGGGCGCGGCAGCUGGCCAAAUGGAAUCGAAUGGUUCACCGAUCAGACGUAGGGAGAAAGGACGGGAAAGAAUACGGGGAGAAUCUGUACAUGCGUUGGUCGACGAAAAAACUUCCAUUGAACAAGCAAAGUCAAGAAUGGGCGAACAAAUUGGCGAAAGAGGACCGGGGGAUGAGACACCGUCCAGGAGAGAAGCUCGGCGCCUGCUUGUACCGACUAAAAAAUCACGGCUGCGACGUCAUCCCGAAGGAAGUAGUUGACUCCUGGUAUAAACACCUUUCUACCUUCAAUUUCCGGAACCCAGAGAGGAAUGGACCGAGCACAGGGUCUCAAGUGAUUUGGAAAGAAUCGCAGCGUUUGGGACUGGGGAUGGCCUUGACGAAAGACGGGAAGACGUGGUACGUCGUGGCUCACUACGAUCCUCCCGGGAACAUCACUGGAAGAUACUCUGCCAACGUCCUCCCUCGACAAAUCUCGAGACCAGUCGCGAAACCUGCCCGAUCCUCCAAGUCUAGCUCUUGCUUAAUUCUUUGAUGCUUAUAAUGAGGCCUUUGCCGUU